UACAAGUCGGAAGAAACGAAAGGAAGAAAUGUAGAAAGAAAGAAAGAAAGAAAUGGGAAGCAAUAAUGUCAUAUUGUUUUCUGAGAGAGUUCAGUGUUUAUGGAUCGAGUCUUGAUUUAAACUUCAGGAAGUUGAUCAGAUGUCGACUGGAGGUAAUGGAGAGCGUAAGGAAGCAGCAUUCAUAACAGGAUUAUAAUGGACCAUCGGCUGUGCGAUUCUGUAUCUCACCAAACUUCUGUGGUCGCCAGUAACGAUGCUGUCGUUAAUGUACCUCAGAUAGUCGGUUGUCAGGUGACUGGAUCAGUUAACAUCAACAUCGAAACACAUGUGAACGCUUCAGUAAACAGCAAACAAACUCAACAUGAAGAAUCAUCUAAUACAGUCAAGCGUAACAUCCAGCAACUCAGUGAGAUUCUGAAAAUUAGCUUGAGGAAGAAGUGUGAGAGAAUAUACGAAGGUCUUGCCAAAAGAGGAAACCAGACUCUUCUAAACAGAAUUUACACUGAACUUUACAUCAUAGACGGAGAGAGAGAUACGGUCAAUCAAGAACAUGAGGUCUGGCAGAUGGAUAACGCCGUGAAGAGACAACUAGAUGAAGAAAAGCCAAUCCACUGUAACGACAUCUUCAAAAAUCUCAGAAAACAAUCCGCUCACAUCAGAACCGCUCUUACUAAAGGCAUCGCUGGAAUUGGAAAAACCGUCUCCGUACAGAAGUUCAUUCUGGAUUGGGCCGAGGGAACGGCCAAUCAGGAUGUAGAUUUCAUGUUUGUGCUUCCGUUUCGAGAACUGAACUUGAUUCAAGAUGAACAGUACAGUCUUCACAAACUUCUGCUUGACUUUCAUCCUGAACUAAGCGAAAUAGAAAAUGAGAAAAUUUAUGACAAAAGUGAAAUCGUGUUUAUAUUUGAUGGUCUGGACGAAAGUCGACUGUGCAUGAAUUUCGACAUGAGAAGAAGAGUCUCCAACGUGACUAAAAUAGCCAAAGUGGAUGAUCUGAUCAUCAAUCUCAUAGAAGGAAAUCUUCUUCCAUCCACUCGAUUGUGGAUCACCUCACGACCAGCGGCAGUGCACAAGAUUCCAGCAGAAUACAUCAACCGUGUGACAGAAAUCCAUGGUUUCACCGAUGCUCAGAAGGAGGAAUAUUUCAGGAAGAGAAUCAGUGAUGAACAUCAAGCCAGCAGAAUCAUCUCACACGUUAGAAGAUCAAGAAGUCUCCACAUCAUGUGUCACAUACCAGUCUUCUGUUGGAUCACUGCAACCGUUUUAGAGAAAGUCCUGGAAACUGGGAAUGAACAGAUCUCUUCCUCUCUGACUGAAAUGUACACACGAUUCCUUCUCAUCCAGAUCAAUGAAAACAAGAGAAAAUACCAGACCGGAGUAAGAUGCACAGAAGAUGCACGAAAACUGCAAGAGUCGGAUGUGGAGAUUGUCCUCAACCUCGGGCAGCUUGCUUUUGAAAACCUGAAGAAGAACAAUCUCGUGUUCGGCGAAGAGCAACUUAGAACAUUAGGCAUCGAUGUCAACAACCCCUCCGUCUGGUCAGGUAUAUGCACACAAAUCCUCACAGAAGAAGAUCCCAUGUUCUCAAUCAGCAAGUACAGCUUUGUCCACCUCAGCUUUCAAGAGUAUCUGGCAGCGCUCUUUGUCUUUUACUCACAUGUUGUGAAGAGAGUCAAUCUGCUGCAGUCUCCCCGCAAGAAGCAAGCCGCUCGAUCUUUUUAUGAUUACAACAGCGAUGACGAGAGUGAAAAUGAGCACCAAGAGAGAUCUUCUGUGGAGAAGGAAACCUUGCAUGACUUUCAAAGAUGUGCCAUCGAUGCAGCUCUGACAAAUACCAGCGGACGUCUGGAUCUCUUCUUGCGAUUUCUUCUCGGUCUCUCCCAUGACCGCCAUCAGUUGCUAAGGUGCUUUCAGAUGACGGUGGAUGGAGUUCAGCUUAGUAUUCAAAACACGAUCGAGUAUGUCAAGACGAAGCUCAGAGAGGACGACGAUCGGAAGACUCCGCCUGCCGAGCGAUGUAUAAACCUUCUCUUCUGUCUGAUGGAACUCGGUGAUUACUCCUUGAUAGAGGAGAUUCGGAGAUUUCAUAUCUCUGAGGUACAGAGAGGACAUAAACUGACAGCUGCCCAGUGUUCGUCUCUGGCCUACAUAAUACAGAUGUCAGAGGAGGUUCUUGAAGAACUGGACCUCAGUAAAUACAACACAACAGAUCAUGGGAGACUUAGACUGGUACCAGCGGUCAAGAACUGUAGAAAGGCUAUAUUGUCAGCAUGUGCACUCACACAGGAGUGUUUUGAAGCCAUAGCCUCUGCUCUUCUAACACCUAACUCAGUCUUGGAAGAGUUGGAUGUCAGCUGGCAGGGUCUGCAUGAUCUUUCACCACUCUACCGUGGACUGAAAAGUCCCUACUGCAUACUGAAGUCUGUGAACUUCAGUCAUACCAACCUGGAGAAGAAAGGGAAAGAUCUGCUUGACGCUGCUCUGUUUGGACCUCAGAUUCAAACUCAGACACUGAAAGUUUUAGGGUGUCGUCUCUCAGAUGACUGUGUGGAUAAUCUGGCAUUAGCUCUCGAAUCAUCUGAAUCUCGACUGGUGGAGCUCGAUCUGGGCUACAAUAAAUUCACUUCAUCUGGAAUUGAGCGAAUCUCUCAGGGUCUUUUGAGUCCCAGCUGUGAGCUGAUGAAACUCAGCCUGUCUGGCUGCCAGGUUGGUGUGGAUUCUUGCAAGCUUUUGGCUUCAGCUCUAAAAGAUUCAUUCCUGAUUGAUCUGGAUCUGUCCAGCAGCAGGAUUGGAGAUGACGGAGUGAAGUGGCUCUGUGCUGGACUAUCAAGUCCUCAAUGUCAGCUGCAGAGCCUGAGGCUCAGAGACUGUGCGCUCUCAGGAACAUCAUGUCUGUAUCUGGCUGUAGCACUGAGCUCCUUCUCGGUUCUGAGACAUCUGGACCUGAGCAACAAUGACCUGCAGGAUUCAGGAGUCAAGCUCAUUUCCAUCGGUCUACAAAACAGUAUUCUCAGAUAUUUAGGAUUAUCAGGUUGUAUGGUGACAGAUGAAGGUUGUUGUUAUUUGGCUUCAGCUCUGAGUUCAAACCCAUCAUCACACCUGAGAGAGCUGGAUCUGAGCUACAAUCACCCACAACACUCAGGACGCCAGAUGCUCUCUCAGAUACUCAAUGAUCCCAACUGUACACUGGAGAUACUCAGACUGGACCAUUGUGGACCUUUACGGAUUAUACGAGGUCUCUGGAAGUACUACCAAGAGCUCACACUAAACUCAAUGAGCACACACUCAGCACUGACAACGUCCAGCGACAAUAAAGGAGCUAUUCGAUUACCUGUGGACCAAUACCUGUUCAAUGAUUAUGAUGAUGAUUAUUAUGAUGAUGAAGAUGGGUAUGAGAAACCAAAGAAGCCAGAGACCUGGGUUCAAUCAUUCUGCAUAGAAACGCUGUCAGAUGGCAGAUUUUACUGGCAGGUGGAUUGGAAUGGCUUUGUGUCUAUCGGUGUUGAAUUCAAGAGAAAAACCUUCAGUUACAUGAAAAAAACUCUACAGCUUUGCUGCAACAGACACCAAUACUACGCCUUACAUGAAGACAUGUCCCGUACAAAAUCACUGGCGUGCGGUAACAUGCCCGAGAGCAGGACAGUCGGAGUGUUUCUGGACUGUGCAGGGGGAACGCUGUCUUUCUACAGUAUCUUUCCUCACAGUUUAACUCAUCUCCACACGUUUCACACAGAGUUCAAUGAUCCAGUGACUCCAUACUUCAAGUUCAGUACCCCUGAUUUGGACCAGCGGCCCCCAUCUGUCGUCAUUCACACGUUAGUGCCGAGUUCGGUUGUACAAACACGAAUGUUAAUGUUGCCCAGUAUAAUGGAUGCAUUUCCAUGGCUGACCUUACAAAACAUAUUUGCAGUGUUUUAACUGAACACAGAAGAAUAACAUGACUGAAUACUACAUCCAAAUCACCUAGUGUACUAGAAGAGCCACACAUCUCCACAGAUCUACCAAACAACACUGCAUGUUUACAUUUCAGAUAAUGGGUUCGUUUAGUUAUCAGUUAAUAUUGUUUAAAUGUUAUAGUUAUGGAUUAUAUUAUUCAUCCUGUCUAACAGAAACAAUCAUUUUAGUUUUGUUUAAUAACUAGUAUUCAUUAGAUAAGCACAUUUCAAAAUGUUGAUUAGAUUAUCUCAUUUUAUCUGACAUUUCACAUUAUUUUGUUUUUCUGUAAAGAUUCUUCAGUAACAUCAUGUGAUGGAGCUUUAGCAGUCCUAAUGUACAUUUCAGAUUCAUAUGCAAGGUCCAUAACACAUGCAUGUUUCCCUCAUGUAAAAUAGACAACAUGAGUAUAUACUGAUGUCUGGAUUUUAUCAUCAGGGGUUUAGGAGAAUAUAAACAGACGCUUCAAUAUAUUGCUAAUUCAUUCGUUCGCAGAGAAAUUAUAUGUCAAGUUUUGACUGCAAAAUGUCACAUCCAUAAUGCUGGAAUUGCUCAUACACCAAACUGCUGAAACAAUAUUAAAUGACCACGAAACUACCAUGAAUUAUUUCAGCCAAACUUUGUCUGAUGUUAUGACUGAUUGGUAAGUAAUGUUUAAGUCUUGAUUGUCAGGAAUUCAAUCAAAAUGUAUUCAUCUCUGAAAUAAAGCUCUGCUAAUAAACAUCAACAAAGCAUAUGAA